AUGACGAGGAAGAUGCCCAUCGAUAACCGCGACCCGGAUCGCUUUUUCGAGAAUCCCAUGUCACCACCUCAAUGGAAUUCGUCUGCAUCAUCCACUUCGUUCACUCUAGCAAACCACGCUGAUCCUUCACGUUUACCCUACGACCCUCGCGAUAGUGCCGAUCAUGCUUGGAACCUGCGUCCGCUCCAGUACACUGGCCUGGCUGGUAGCUCUAGCGCAUGGCCUGCUCACCAUCGCAGCCCCUCACGUCUGACAGAAGGGUAUCCGCGCGUGCAUCCCGUUGAUGGCACGACGAUGGCGGCAACCAAUUACGACGGUGCACCUGCUUUUGCAGCAGCAGAGACAUCAACAAAGCCUCCUUCGAUGGUCUCGUCUGUUCACAUGCAGCAACGCAGAGCCUCAGAUGAAGAGUGGCAGAGGCACCAACUAGAACCCCAUAUCCCGAGAAUCAAGCACGCCCCCCUGACAGCUUCAUCAUUUCACGAUCCCGCUUGGAAGCAUCGCGAGAUCGUCCUGAGCACUACGUCAGCUAAAGCAACUCCAUCAGAUUCUGCUGCGGCUAGUCCUGAUGCGGAUCCUCCACGCGCUCGAGUGGCCUGCAGCUUUUGUCGAGUUCGAAAGCUUCGAUGUGAUGGUGCAACACCCUGCCGACACUGUGAGCGUCGCGACAUGGACUGCGUCUACGCUCCAGUCAAAACCAAAGCAAAGCCUUCUGGACGUACCUCUUCUGGCCCAGGCAGACACCCGAACGAGACUGGUCAGAGCGGUUCCAGCCACGAUCGAGGUACCAAGCGCUCCGUUUUGCCAAAUGCGACACACAACAGACAAACACCCUCGUUCACGAAGUCGGACACUUCGAGCGAAUAUUCGAAGCGAGUCAAACUGGCGGGUGGCUCAUUGCGUCGAACCUCUUCAGGCGAGUCGUCCGACCUCAGCUGUGAUUCGAGCUUGCAGAGCUUAUCUACUCCGAGCAGCAGCAUGCCCGGGUCCGAUCUUGCGAUGAUCCAGAACAACAAUAUACAAAUACCCAUGGAACCCACCUUCGGUAAUCAGGACGAGUGGUGGAAUGAUCUGCUCGGCAUUUUUGGACGACCAAGGCUGAGAUCAAUGCGUGUUAUCCAGCAUCUUCUCACUCGCUUCGUUCAAUCCAACGCGGUCUUCUUUGGUUUGCUCCACGCACCCACCCUUCUCGAAGUUGUGUCGGGCAAUCGAGGUCACACUCGUGCGGAGCCAGCCCUGUACCUUGCUGUCUUGGCCGUAUCGGUGUGCGACAUGCAUCAGACUCGCAUCGCAGACGAACGCACCUCAGACAUGCGCUCAGCCAGCGAGGCUUCACGGCGGCUUGCUUUGCAAUUGUCGACCAUGGCUGCCAGCUAUUUGCAAACAUCGCUUUCCAGCGGAACUUCUCUUACGCCUUCUGUAGGUCAAGCUGCUAGCAUUCUCGCUUUGACCCAGCCAGAUGGCAGUUCCCAGCAGAACGACCUGAUCCGACUUGCGGAGAAUGUAGUCCGAACGCUCAAAUUGCAUGAGACAAUUUCUUCACGUGAAGCGCUGCUCGAGGAUAGCGAACCGGAAUCGCCCCUAUACUGGUCUCGGCCGCUCACUUCCUCCUCUCCCGAGUCCGAGGUCAAGUACGAAUCUAUUGUUCGACUUUGCUGGACGGGCAUCAGUCAUCGGUUUCGCAAGUACAUUGCCGAGCCGGAUCAAGGGUUUGGGGAUAUCGACCUGCCCGAGUUUAUCCAAGGUCUGCGGCCGAUGGCUUUUUGGCAGCCCAGCCUACUACCAGAGGAUCUACCACCGCCGUUCUUUCACUCGCAAGAUCUCAUGCGCAGGUCGGCUCGUCUGUCACGCUUGGCUGUAUCGCUGGCGCAGUUGGAAAAGAUUAAGCAAGUGGAUCGGACAGAGCCAGGGGAUGCGCCAUCGCAAGAGACACUAGAACAAGUCCACGAAAUUCUACAGGCACUCGACCAGCUUGAAAGGUCUUUUGUUCGACACAGGCCACGAUCGGAUGCAGAGAGGCAGAGCGUUCUGGGACGGACGCUGCAGAUGUUUUGCCGAAUGCACGUUUGGAUGCGAUUGACGGUCUGGCGCAAGUACAACCUGUGGAAUCAGCCAAUUUCGUCGUCAGAGAAGGCUGAAAGCGGACAAUUGUUGCUACAGCAGCAUCAUCCGACAGUGGAGUUCUGGCUGACAAUCGUGCACGAGAUGGUCGGCCGCAUGCAGGACGAUAUGAAUGCGCACGUGGUGGACGGAACGGCGUUAAAGACGAGCGUAUCGGACGUGGAUUCAUUGGUGAGACACGCGAUAUGUGCGUGCGAUUUGGUGGUCGCAACGCAGAAGAGGGAGCCGAUUGUGGGGUUGGUGGAUGCAGCGUUGAACGCAUUGAAGAGAAUAUUGGCGCAUGCAGAAUUGAACGUGGGCGUCAGGGAUGCUUUAAGCGUGCCAGAGGAUGUGCGUGCCAAGAUUGGCAAAGCGGAGGCGCGAAGGGUGGCGCUUGAAGAGGUGGAUCACGCACGCGAGCAUACAAUGGAAGGUGAUGUUGGCGACGCCAAAGUCGGUCGGUUUUGA